ACCUCGACACUGUAGCAUUCUCUAUCUCUUUCUUGCUUAAAAAGUCAUCAAAAUAAACGACGUUCGAAUUAAUCAGUAUGAGUUUCUUUUUUGACUUCAUACGGAACGUGUUUCUAACGAUGUUGCAAUUAAUUUGGUUCAGUAAACGAAAAGUAACAAAUUCACUGAGUAUAUUUGUCAAAACAAAUACUGGAAGCACAAUUGCUGUCGAUUUAGAUCCAAAAUGGGAUAUAAAAAACGUGAAACAGUUAAUAGCAUCAGAAAUGGGGAUAUCACCUGAAGACAUAAAAAUAAUAUUUGCAGGUAAAGAACUGCAUAAUUCAACGAUAAUAGAGGAAUGUGAUUUGGGUCAACAAAGUAUCUUACAUGCAAUUCGAACUCCGCCACAAAGACUUAAUAAAAGCAAAGACACGAGUACCAUUGAAGAAUCUUCAGAAUUAUCUGAGUCAAAUGAAAGCGGUGGAAAGCCAAUGAAUGAAACUCUUACUGAUUUACCUUUUGACGAAUCAGACACGCAAGAAAAUUCAUCCAUGGAAGAGCAACAAGAGAACAGAGCACAUUUCUUUGUAUUUUGUUCCUCGCCUUGUAAAGCUGUCACAGUUGGAAAAUUAAGGGUGAAAUGUGCAACUUGCAACAGCGGAGCUGUUACAGUAGACAGAGAUCCUCAAUGCUGGCCAGAUGUAUUACAACCUAGAAGGAUAACAGUUCACUGUGAAAAUGAUUUUUGUCCAGCACCUACAUCUAUUUCUAAUGAUACAGAAUGUCAAGUUUUGUAUGCAAGAUUCUAUUUUAAAUGUGCAAAACAUGUUAGCCUAGGGGAAAAGGAUGAAGCAGUUCCCCUUUAUCUCAUAAAACCUAACUUAAGGAAGAUACCUUGUCUUGCUUGUACAGAUGUGAGAGAUAUGGUAUUAGUCUUUCCAUGCGAGGCAGGCCAUGUAACAUGCCUUGAUUGCUUUAGAGAUUAUUGCUCGGUUCGUUUAAGGGAACGUCAAUUUCAGUUUGAUGAAACUAAAGGGUAUUAUACUUUGCCAUGUCCAGCUGGAUGCCCAGAUUCUUUUAUCCCUGAAGUCCACCAUUUUCAUCUCCUAACUCCAGAACAGUAUGAACAGUAUCAAAGGUUUAGUACCGAAGAAUACGUCUUACGCGCUGGUGGACUUCUUUGUCCAAGACCAGAUUGUGGCAUGGGUAUUAUACCAUCAUCUCCAGAUGAUGGUAUUAAUGACGAAUGUAGAAGAAUUCAAUGUAUCGGUGGUUGUGGGUAUGUCUUCUGCAGGAGAUGUUUACAAGGAUUUCAUGUAGGGGAAUGUGAAUUGCCGCCAUCCGAGUCCUCCAAUGCAGUACACAAAUCUGGAUAUUCAGUUGACCCGCAAAGAGCUAAAGAUGCAAAAUGGGACGAAGCUAGUAAGAAAACUAUACAAAUUUCAACCAAACCAUGCCCGAAAUGCAGGACACCAACAGAGAGAGAUGGAGGAUGUAUGCACAUGGUUUGCACCCGAGCAGGAUGUGGUUAUCAUUGGUGUUGGGUAUGUCAGACUCAGUGGACAAGAGAUUGCAUGGGCAAUCAUUGGUUCGGUUAAUAUAAUAUUAUUAAUUUGUAUGAAUGUAUAGGAAAAAAAGAAAUCUCAAUAAUUUUCAUUAUCAAGUAAAUGUUAGUCAACUUACGAUAUUAUCUGAAAAGGAGUGAUAUGGGAACUGGACAUUUCCUAAAAUGAAAAAUAACAUUUUAAUAAUCUUAUUUUCAGUGUACCAUUGUAAUUGUAUAAAUGAUGAAUUUAUUAAAAUUUUUUGUUUUUGUAAA